GCCAUGGCGGCGCCUCUGCUGCCGGCCCUGCGGAGCCGCGCUGCCCUCCGGCCCCUGGGGCUGCUGCUCCCGCCGUGCCGGGGGGCGGCCGCAACGGGGCCGGGGCCGCGGGAGACGGCGCUGGAGGAGAACCCCUUCUACGACAAGUACCGACACAAGAUCCAGGAGCUGCGGAGAUCCAGUCCAGAUGUGUUUGAAUCCCGGAUGGAAAAAAGAAACGAAGUGAAAAAGCAGCCUGUGGGAUAUUCCAACCAAGGAGAAUUUAUCAGAUGCAUGGAGGAAAAGGCAGAAGGCUUGGGCACAAAGACAUCAAGGGGAGGAUUCACCAAGGAUAAGACACUUGAUUCAAUUCUUAAUGUGGAGAUGGUGAAAGAAAAAUCAGCAGAGGAGAUAAAACAGAUUUGGAGUCAGUAUUUUUCUGCAAAAGAUACAGUUUAUGCUGUUAUUCCUGCAGAGAAGUUUGAUUUGAUACAGAAGAGAGCCCAGCAAUGCCCAUCGUUUCUCUAUGCUUUGCCAAGGAAAGAAGGCUACGAGUUCUUUGUGGGACAGUGGUCAGGAACAGAAUUGCACUUCACUUCCCUAAUAAACGUUCAGACCCAAGGUGAAGCUGCUCCAAGCCAGUUGGUUUUAUACCAUUACCCUGAGCUGCAGAAGGAAAAAGGGAUAGUACUAAUGACAGCAGAAAUGGACUCCAAGUUCUUGGCGGUUCACGAAGCACAGUGUCUGGCAAAUCAGCUGCAGCUGUUCUACGCAGCGGAUCGCUCCCAGACCUACGAGUUAGUGGAGACCUUCAACCACAGAUCGAGUGAAUUUAAGUACAUGUCGGUUAUAGCAGAGCUGGAGCAAAGCGGACUCGGAAGAGAGCUGAGACCCGGUCAGUGGUCUGACAAGUCCUAGAGCCUGACCCGUGGGAGGAGCAAGCCAGGGGGGUUUCCUGAAUGGGGUGGUCCUGUCUCUUCUUUUACAGAUUGGUUUGGCUACAGAAAGGAUGUGGAGGCAUCCCAGGAAUGUGCUAGUCAGGCCUGGCUGGCACCCGUGAGGGCUUGAGCCAUCCAGACUGAUUGCCAAAACAGAGCCCAGUAACUUUAUCACAGGGAACUGUUUUCCCAUCUCAGAACUUCCUGCUGCAUGCUGUGGGUUUGAAAUCUGAAGUGACAGAAGGGGAGCUAUGGAACAGACUACACUGACACCAGUGGCUCUUCUUGGGACAUGCACUGAAGUGCCCUCCACCAUAAUAAUUGCAUGGUCCAGUGCUUUUUAAUCUGGGUGGAAUUUAUCAGUCUUGUCCAUCAAGUAAAAAGAACAGGACAAAUGGCCUACACCAGAUUCCUCUCUUACUGUGUGUGUGAGGUUCCUUACACAGGUGUAUGCUGUGGCCCCUGGCUUUCUCAGGAUUAAAAACCAGAAGAGUAACUGGCUUUGUUCUGGGAAUGUUGUGCUGUUUAAUUGCUAUGCUGAUUUUAUCCCCUUGUUCUAAGGGUUUUUUCAACCCCUCAUGUGAUGAAUCCCAAGUUAAGAACUUCUCCAGACCUUUAAGACAGACAGAAAUGGCAAAGUUGAGAAAAGGAAGCACUGUGCAUGUGUUGGUAUUGUUUUCAAAUAAGACCCAAACUGAAAAGGCAAAGUCAGUUAUACCACCUGCAGCGCUUUUCUCCCUCUCCUGGCCCUGGAGCAGAGGUGAGAUGGGCUAAUGGAGGGAGCAAGGGCUUCUCCUUCAGGUGUGGCCCAGUAUGUCCUGUGUCCCUACUGUAUUCCUGUACCACCUGCAUCCAGAUUGUCAUCUGUGUUCCUGCAGAUGAUCCUAUGCUGAGGGAGUACAGAUCCUAAGAGGUCUGCCAGGGUGUGGAUAAGCUCUCUAAUUUGCAAAUGAAAAAGUGGAAACCCUUCAGUCCUUUCUGAAAUGCAGGUGCUAAUGUGAGUGCUUGUGCUAAGGUCAGAGUUUGAGCAUUGUUUGCUGCAUUGUGCAGCCCUGGCUUUUUCUUGGGGUUUGUUUCUCUUUUGCUAUAUUGCUUUUCAUUCCAGUUAUUACUCUGUUAUUAUAAUUGUUAUUAUGUUUUAUUUUAGUUAUGACACUGUUCUUAA